AGUUUACGUUAGGUCUGCAAUCGAAACGGUUGUAUAUCGUUGGUUUGUUCGGGCUCGCGUAAUUUUUGAUUACCAAAAAUCUGGAAAAGUAAGGACGAACGGUGUGUGUAUGUGAAUUCAAUUGCGAACACUCGUAUUGAUUGCCAUACGAAAAAGAAAACAGAACGAAACAAAGAAUAUAAACUGAACAUAGAGUGAGUGAAUUUCAAAUGUUUGACGUGAGCAUGCGACACAUUCCAAUUCGAUAGAAUUUGUGCAUGAGUUUAUUUUUGUGUGACAUAGGAAAUUAUGCAAUUUAUUUUUUGUUUCGAUCAACCCCGUUGUAUUGAAACUGUGACACAGAACAAAGGAAUUUUGUUGACUUUCGUUCGGCAAACAAAAUUGUUUGAUUUUUUGCCGCCGCCGCCUUCUUGUGGUUAAAAUAAGAGGCAGCAUCGAAACUAUUUCGAAUCGCAUGGCAGAAAACGCGAAAACCAAAUAAUCAGAGUUUUUCUUGUUUUUGUCACACAACAAGACGGCACCAGGACAAGAAAGAGGAAAACCAUAAUUUAUUACCGAAGAAAGCGAUUCGGCUCGAGAACCCAAUGCCAAUUGGCAAUACACAAAACGAAUGGAAAGAAAUAUUUAUUAAAUAAACGAAUGUGUAAAUCAAAUUUUUAUGGUUUUUGCAUGUGAAUCGGAUUUUUUUUUUAUUAGUCAUCGUUGCAUGUAAACACAGCGGCAAAAAAGGAAGGAAAACAAUUUCCAAGCAAAACAAAGCGAAAAAAAAAACGCGAAAGAAAUAAAAACGACUCAAAUAAUAAGGAAAAAAAAAAUUAAUGGGAAUGCUAUAGUGAAUUCGAUUCGAGCAUAAAAAAAUGAGUUAAGUGUUGCAUAGAACAUGGAUAAGAGGUGUUGUGUUGUUGGUGAAUGAAUUAAAUAUUCGCAUUUAUCUCUUCCCCGGUUUUGUAAUUGAAAUUAUUGUGCAGAAAAAGAAUUUUACAGAAGAAGAAGAAAGAGUUGAAAAAAUAGAGAAUGAAAAAAUUCCACAAGUGAAACGAGAAUAUUGACGAAAACGUAAAUUUGAUACAAAUGCACUGCUAUUUCAUUUCUGACACAAAAAAGCGUUGUAAAAUUAUUCAAAUAAUUUAAAUUUGUUGAAAAAACAUUCAUAUAUGAAUGACAUAACCGAACGCAAGUUAAAAAUUGAAGCAAAUUGAAUUUUGAAUGUGAAUAAAAAAUAAAACUCAUAUCAAGAACUAAAUACAGUGGAAAAUCAUACAAAGAACGUUUGUUGGGUGUUAUUUUACCGAGAAACACACGAGAGUAUUCAACAGUAUCGUGUUUGCAGACAAAAUUUCAAUACUGUAUACAUCUGCUAUAUACUGGAUGCGGGGUGCUAAGCUAAGCGGCAUACACAAAAAAACGCGUUAGGAGUAAAUGAACAAGUAUUUCUUCCGCAAUUUUUUUUCCCGUUUAUUCAGUCGGUCGUCCGUUGCGCCUCUUCACUUCGGACCCGUUGUGUAUCUCAGUUUAUUAUUCAUCUGAUGGUUUCAAAAAUUCAUAAAGAAAUUAAAAUGACUACAACGAAUAAUUCCAACAAAAUAUUUAAUUACAUAUUAUUAAAAUAAAACACCGAGUCGAACGCGCGAUAAGAAAAAGCCGGGACGAACACACAGUCGAGGAGCGAAACAAAAGAAGAAACGAAAAAUAAACCACACGACGAAAAGCGGCAGGAGUAAAAUUUCGCUCAAGAAAGAAGAAAUGCAAAAAAAAACUCAAUUUAAAUAAAAAAAAAAGAGCCAGCACAACUUGAAAUUGCGUCAAGAAGAGAAGAAAAAAAGCAGUACCAACUCAAACAAAAGCAGCACGUAAUGAGAAGGGAAACCGAAAAACAAAUAUUCAUGUAAGCCUAUGCAAAGAGUGAGACAGCGAACAAUUGAGUUCGAGCGCGAGUGCCGAAGCACCGAAAAUUAAAGAAAAAACGCAUCAGAAGACGACCGGAGGGAAAAAACAACUUCACCAUAACUUGGAACCAAGCGAAAAUCGCAAAAAUAAAAAUAACCUAAUUUACCAAAUCGACGGAACGAGAAAAAAAGAAGCGAACGAAAAACAAAAUUAUUCACUAAUCUCGAGAACGGUAUACGCAAAGCGGUUACACCAGUUCACAUAACGAAUGAAGCCCAUAUCGAAAGCAACGUAACCGAAUGCAAGACCAUGGUAAAUGUGCAUCGUUGCCUGAACGAGAGUGUGGCACGUAAGAAACAAUUUGGUCGCUAAAAGGAUCACACGGCAGCGGGAGAGAGUCGAGAAGAGAAGAAAAAAUUUCAACAAACGAAUAUAAAAAGCAUCGAGCACCAAGCACGACCACUAGUCUAGCUUGAGCUCUAUCAACUACAUUCACCAGUGCGUCAAGUUGCAGCGAGCGAGAGAGCGAGAGAGCGAGAGAGCGUGAUAACGCGCACGCUCGCCACGAUAACGAGAAAAACCAGCGAGAGAAAAGUGCAAUUAAAAUAUGGCCACCAGCAAUAUUGUGUGCGAGUGGUUGCGAGCACUUGGUUUGGCACAGUAUGCCGAAAGUUUUCUCGAUAACGGUUAUGAUGAUUUGGAAAUAUGCAAGCAGGUUGGCGAUCCCGAUUUAGAUGCGAUUGGCGUCAUCAAUCCACAGCAUCGCCACAAAUUACUGAAAAGUGUACGUCAAUUACGUGAAAAAGGUGCAGCCAGUGUUUAUUUUAUGCUCAAUAGUGAUAUAACUGCGUUAGCGGGUAGUUCAGAAUAUUUAAGUGGACGCGACAGUCCGCAGCUGAAUGGAUUAGAUGCACUGAUCAUCGAACAAUUGAACGCAGAUGGAAUACGAUUAACGGCACAUCCAUACUCAACACCGGAUGGUCAACGAGGGCAUCUGGAGGGUUUAGCAACGGUUUAUGUCGAAUUAUUGGAUGCUCCAUUCAAUGAAGUAUUAAGUGGGCUGGAAAAUGCACGACAAGCAGCUUGGGCUGAACAAAGUCCACAGCAUCGUUCGGGCAUGUGCCAUCAGGGUCAUCGGGGCAGUUCAUCACAAGGAAGCUUGCCAAAUAGUCAUAGUCAACCGAUUUAUGUGCCAGGAAAAUAUUCGCCGUCAAGCUGUCUGUCGGACAAGGAAGAAGAUGAAAUUUAUGGUUUUGGAUACGGUGUGUUUGCGCCACGUGUUGGACGGCCAAUCGCACAUCAACCCACAACAACAGUGAACGUUCAUCAUCAUCCUCAAAAUCACGUGCAACCUUCGCAACAGCUCUCUUCAUCGCAACCGAACCAGUUACACCAGCAAAUCAUUCAUCCGCAACAGCAUUUGCCACAACAUUUGCCACAGCAACUUCAGCAUGUACCUGCUGGUCAGCAAAGUUGCCUUAGUCCGCGGUCAGCCUAUUUCUAUGAGUUUCCCCCGACAACUAACGCAGAGGGAAGGGAAACAAAGAAGAGGACGACAUUAGCAAGGUUAUUAAAAGGCCUUAAAACUGUAAAUAGACGCGAUAGGACAAAUAAUCAAAAUUCACAAACACAAGCUAGGACGGCAACCGAAAGACUGAGACAAUUUCAAAUGAACGGUGGACCACAGCAUAGUUUCGAAGAGACAAUUCAUCGGCUUAAAGUUCAAGAAGCUCUGCGAAAAAAGGAAAAAUUCCAGCGAGAACAUGAGGAGAUUUUGCGAGAUAUACGUCAAGGAUUGUUGCAGUUGAGUCGCGACGGACGAACAGACGAUACAUACAUGUACGAUGAUGCAGCCAGAGGAUCGAUGCGACCACAUCAUCUUGGCCAUUGGUAUGAUGAGCCACCGUACGAAAGUGACCCCGACGACUUUCUUAUGUCCGGCAUCAAUGCUGGACCAGCAGCAACGAUACAGGGUGGCCGAGUUUGCUUUACAUCGCAUCCAAAUGGAGAUGAUAUGCGCAGCGGCACCGGCAUCAUAUCGUUGAGGUCGGCUGGUGACAUAUCACUACCACAACGUGUACCAACUAGACGUGGUCUUAUCGUACCGCAGCAGCCGCCUAAUCCACCAACAAUAAUACCACUCACCAGAACUCAUCAUGAUCGAGAGAGCGGUGAUUAUGCUGGUUCCAUUUCCGAUAUACAAAGUGUUACCUCUAGACUUAGCACCGUUUCCAUCGGGACGAAUAAUUGCACAGCUCGGUAUCGCACGUUGAGCGGUGGCAUUGGAGAGUCACCAUCGUUGUCACCAAGCCCGUCGUCUGAUUAUGAUGAUGAUGAGACUAUCACGAAACAGCAUUUGCCCAACUUGAACAAAGCGAAACGGAAUGGAACCCAUAAAGGAGCCAUAAUUAGCCAAAAAGUGACCGUGCAUCAUCCCAAUGAUUUGCGCAACUCACCAAAAGAAUUGAAAAAGUUCAACGAAACAAAUCGAAAAUUUAAUGGUGCCAAGGAUGUGUCGAGAGAUUUUAGCAAUUCACAGGAUAAUACAGAUCGAGGCAGUAUAAGCGAUCAAGCGUUUGCAUGCUCGGCAAGCUCAGUGGAAAGUCUACCCAGUGCAUCCGGAUCAAGCACACAAGCGCUUGUGCGACCCGGUAGUCCGAAUAGUUCAAUAUCUGAAGAUCGCAUCAAUUUAAAACAGCCGAUUUGCUUAGCGAAAGCUUUAGUUGACUGCUUACCGAGCUCUUAUGACAAAGAAGCGCUACGUUUUAUGAAGGGUGAUAUAAUCGAAGUAAUAUCAAUGAAUGCAUCGGGAAUUUGGCGAGGUAGAUGCCAUGGCCGUUUGGGUCACUUCAAAUUCAUCAAUGUUGAAGUGUUACCAGAUCAACGAUGCGCCAAUAAUGUGAACACAAUUAGCCGAGGGGCCAACAAUGGAAUUCCCACAUCCGUCGAAGAUUUGUUGGUUCGCAUUGGCCUCAAGGAAUACACGUCGGUUUUUGUGCUCAAUGGGUAUGAAGAUCUUGAACUUUUUAAAGAGCUUGAGCCAGCUGAUUUGGAUUAUUUGGGAAUAAUAAAUAACGAUCAUCGUGCCAAAUUGUUGACAGCCGUUCAACUGUUGCACGAUAUCGAUGUGAUUUCCGAUGGUGAUGUGGCCGGUUCAAGUUCCGAAAACGAUGAGACCCGUUUCAAUCAAAUAAAUAACAAAAAGCAUGGCACAUCACCAUUUGGACGGCGUCAUUUUCCACGUGAUUCAGGCUGCUACGAAGGUUCACCCGUCCCAAAUGUGAACCAAUCGCAUCAAAACACGGUUAUCGACGAAUCGGCCAACAGUUUGGAUGAUGUGGUCGCUCAAUGUUCCAAUGAAAUUUUGAAGCGUGUUGAAAGUGCACGUCGCAUGAAAGACGAAAAAACUGGCAGCAUUCCAAUGAAGGGUGUUCAACGAAUGGCAAAGAAAGGUUUGCUUGGCGGUGGAACGGUGUUGGGUAGCAAUGGCGAUGACACAUUAUCACGUGGCGGUGCAUUGAGUGAAAAGUCCAGUGAUUCGGGUGUAAGUAGCAGUUCACUAUCUUCAGGCCCAUUGAAGAAUAACUCGUAACGUCAUCGGUUAUUAAAUCAAACAUUGUUAUCAAGCUAAAAAUGUGCACGCGCAUAAACCGUGCACAAUAAAAACCAAAUCCCCAACGAACUAGAAAAAUGAAUUGGUACGCAUCAAACGAAAUCAAAAUUUCGAAAUUCGAGUCUCCAGUUGAACCAUAGAAAAUGUGUUGAUAUUCGAUAAAGAAUAAUAAUAAAAACGAAACGAACGGAAAAUACGAUAACAAUCGUCUGCACUCGAGAAGAGAAAAUGGCCGAAAUAAAAAAGAAACAAAAACAGAAAAUAGGGAGUGAUUAUUCAAACAGUAAUGCUGUGAUUUGUUAAACGAUUUAGUUCAAAUGUAAAAAGAUCUAUAUAUAUAACUGAAAUGCAUGAGUUUACUUGUAUAGAGAAAGUGAGAGAGAGAGAGAGAGAGAGAGAGAGAGAGAGAGAGAGAGAGAGAGAGAGAGAGGGGGAGAGAGAGAGAGAGAGAGAGAGUGAGAGAGAGAGAGAGUGAGUGAGAAAGAGAAAAAGAGAAAGAAAAACACAAUUGGAAAUAAACGCAGUGAAGCAUAUAGGAGUAAAAAGCAAAUGGAAAAUGUUUUCGCUUUGUUUGUUCUCUUCGGUUUGCCAGUUGCUUUCUGUCAACAACAACAUCCACAUUACUUUUGUAAAAAGUUUUUUAGUGUAAAUAAAUUUCAUAAAUUAUUAUUUAAAUCAUAUGCAAAUGGGAGUCGAAAGCAGCGUGAAAAAAAUAUAGCUGCUGAAUGUAGGCAAUCAUAUGAAAACUGUUUGCGUCAGGAUGUGAGACGGCAUUGGAAUGAAACGAAACGAAACGAAACGGAAAAAAACAAAAUCAAAUUCAACAUUUUAAACGUUAAACAGCCAAUUUUAGUCUAGAAUAAAUAGCUUAAGUAAUCGUCAUGUCAUAGAUUGUCACGAAAUCGAAAAUGUCCAUCACAUACCGCGGUAGAGAUAGGAAUAUCGAAAUUCAACCAAAACCACGCACCCUGUCUGUGUGCAUAACAAUGUGAGAGGUUUUAAAUGGUUUCUGGUCGAAAUCUGGCCAGACAAUGAAGCCAUCCGCCGAUAAAUAAGAAUAAAAAAAAAAUGAUUUUACACAUAACUCAGACGCAAAUAAAAAAAAGACAGAAUAAAUUGCCAAAAUGCGCAAACAACAGCGAUUGAUGUCGUCAUCGCGUGCGUUCUUAAAACUCAUAGGAAUCCAAAUAAUUCUCACUUUUAUAGAGGCACCAAUCAAUUCUCCCCCACACACAAAAAUACACCAAUUCUCUCAUGCGUACACAUAGAAACAUUUGUCCUUUUUGUCGUCGGUCGAUGGAAAUAAUAAAUAGAAAGAAGCAACAGAAAAAAAACACAAUCGUUUACACUCACGUAACGCUAAACGUAUGGGUUUUUAAACGAUUUUUAGCCAAAUGCUACGAUUUCGAAAUAAUAUAUGCGUCAGCGACAUUCGUACAUUUAUUAGCAUAUGACAAUGACAUCGAAAACCGUUUCCAUGUUCAUAAAUAUCAUUCAUUUUUACUCAAAUUCCACACACACACAACACUCACACACACACACACACACACACACACACACAAUUGUUACACUCAUAUUAGAUCUGAAGAACUAUAAAAAUACAUAAUAACGAUAACUUUUAUCAAGUAACGCAACAUUUUAUAUAUGUAUUUACAAUAUUAAUGUACGAUAAUAAAAUUACAACAACAACAAAAAUAUCAGACAAUGAAUCUAAGGGAAAAUAGUUGAAAGUACACGUUCUAUCAUAGAUGAAGAAAAUAAAAUCAAACAAAAUUAUGAAUAUAUAAAUAAAAGUAUAUAUGUAUUGUUAAGCUAAAAAUUGAAUGGAUAUGUAUAAAAAAAAACAACAACAACAACAACAACAACAACAACAACAGAACAAAAACAUACUUUUAGUCACCACAGAGGAAAGAGGAAAAGAAAAAUGAGUGAAUCGACGCAAAAGCAAUAAAAAAUAAAAGUAUGCAAAUUCGUCAAUAUUUAGAUGAGGAAAAAAAAUAACAAUAAGUGAAUGUGGAAAGAAAA